UUUUGAAAUUAAGAGUUGGUAUAUAUUUAACAAAAUGUGUUUUUGAGAAGAAAAUUAUCAAUUUGGCCAAGUGUGUCUUGUAGGUGUGAGUCUGUGUUAAGAGUUUAGAAAAAAAUUCUGAAGUAUGGGUAAGUGCUUGUUAGCGAUUGAAAAAAACUGUAUAUAUUAUAGUGCAAGGCAAUUUCUUACGUAAGUAUAGAUAACACACUCAUGCACAAGUAAAGUAAAGAAGAGUUAUUGUCAGUGUUGUUAAUGUAAAUUUACGAUAAUACAUCAUAUUUUGUUGGAAUCCUUUUGCGUAAAAUCUGCAAAGUAGCUUAAUUUCAGUUUAUUUGAGUAAAAAGUUCAUCCUCGCAACUCACUUCGGGCCCCUCGAGGGACUCCUGCUGGAAGGCUCCGCGCACGCGCUCAGCAAGUGCACCAGCCCCCUCCCCGGUAAAUAAAAGCGCGGCCCCGCGCGACGUCUCAUUGACAGCAAACAACCGGUCCAAUGGGUGACACAGAGUCCGGUCCCGCGAAGAGGAUACGCAAGAGACGCCGCAACAUCGGCAUCGGCAUCGCGGUCGCGGUCCUGGUUCUGGUGAUCAUCGUGGUCGCCGUGGCGGUGCCUCUGUCGUUGCGCACGUUUAAGCGCGGCUUCAUCCAGAGGUGCGAGGACUUCAAGGACAAAAAGGGGCUGAUCCGCUCCAAAUACGACUGUGAGAAGAUCUGGGGCCUGUUUGAGGAGGCCUACGUGGGACGGGACCCUUGUAAAGUUCCCGUGGAAGCCUUCAAGCCUUUGCUCAACGCCGUCCCCUUCAAACGCAAAUGCAACCAGACGAUGCUCUGGAGCAAGACGAAGGCUUUGGUCCAUGACUUCACCAAGAAGAGAAAGUGUUUUGAGACCUUGGAGGACACCCUGCUGGGAUCAGUGCUGGACGAAAUGAACUGGUGCGGAAAGGAGGGCAGCAAUGAAACAUUUACUACCGGCUGCCCAGAAAGGAACGACUGUGAGACCAGCGCCGUUCGCUCCUUUUGGAACGGAGCCUCCGCUGCUUUUGCAGACGCCGCCUGCGGCGACGUCACAGUGAUGCUCGCCGGUUCAGUCGCCACGCCGUUCUAUGAUAAAAGUGUGUUUGCGACCAUCGAGGUGCCGCGGUUCUACUCCCCCAGGGUGCGAAGCCUGAACGUCGUCCUGGUCACACAGAAGAACUCGGUCACGAGCUGCGAGAACGAGUCUUUGAAGGACUUGCAGAGGAAGCUGGAUGGAGGAAUUAAGUACAACUGCACGAAAAUGCCUGAGGAUAAGAUUUACGACUGGAUCUCAGAUCCAGAGGACUGCGUACCCUGUUAGUGAACCAAACUAAAUAAUUAACGAUGGAGCAAUGUGCCAAAAAUAUUUUUUUUAUCUGGGCCAGUUUGAUUUAAUGUCAAUAAAUCUUAAGUUGUAAGGGGAAACAGCAGUGCUGCCGUCUCCCUCACGGUGGUGGCUGAACAUUUAAAAUGUCUUUUAAUAACAUUUUAUGAUGCAAUCAUGUAAAAUUGUCUUCAGCUUGUUAUGAUUGUUACAUAAACAAGUGUACUAUUGAUGGAAAUGAGUAAAUGUUUGUAUCGAUAUCAUUCACAAAUAAUCCGUAAUAAAUAAAGACUUAUUAUUGCAUAGAUGAAAAUA